GUAUUCCCAGUGACGUUUCGGGGCGUUGACGACCUUUUCAGGUGUGUCGCUGCCGUCAUGGGGCUGGUUUACUCGGAGGUUGUCGAGGUACUUCUGUUUUGGCAGAAGGCAGUGCUCUGGUGAUGGUGGGAGCAAGAGGUACUGCAGAUGAGCAGAUGCAGGUGGCGGUUUGAUCAGUUUCCCUGGGAUCCUCGGUGUCUCCUCCUUGCAUCUUUUAAGUUAGCCUGUCAGGCAGCCUAUGACGGAGACCUCCAUCAGCUUUAUACCAUCCUGAAGAAGGAUCCAACCAUGCUGGAUGUUCAGGACCAACACACUGGGGACACGCCCCUCAUUGCUGCUUGUCGUCGUGGUAACCUGACAGUGGUGAAGUAUCUAGUUGACAACAAGGCAAAUGCCCAGCUUACCAAUAAGAAACAGAGGACAUGUCUUCACUAUGUGUCUAAGAGGACUCUGUCUCUUUUGGACUACCUGAUGAUCACCAUCCUGAUGCCUAUUCUGCUGCUUGGAUACUUCCUCAUGCUGCAGAAACAGAGAAAGAGUGUGGCACUAAUGGAUGUCGUGCUGAGCAGCAGUGUUAAUGUCAGCACCAUUGACUAUAAAGGAAACACGGCGCUGCACUAUGUCUGUCAGAAGAAAAAUCACCAUCUGGUUCCACUGUUGUUGAAACGGAAUGCCAAAACUGACAUCAGGAAUAAUGAUGGAGAAACUCCGCUGGACAUAGCCAACCGGCUGAAGUUCACAAAGAUUGUUAAUAUGCUCAGGAAGACAAAGUGAACUGAUGGACAUCCAACAGCAUCAUCAUGAGAGCGCAGACUGAUCCAUGAUGCUGAAGAAGAGACACUGAUCCAAAACUCUGUGCUAAACUAGGCUAACACUUGAUGUUUUAAGCUUAGAAGGAGGUUUCUGUUUUAGGCUAGUUAGGCUAACAUUACUGUACUAAGCUGGGUAAAUUCUUUCUGUGCUGUGCUAGGGCUAUGCUUCCUGUUAGUAAGCUAGGCUAAUAGUUUUUAUAUUAAAUUAAGCUAAAUGUUUCUGCUCAAAACCAUUUGCUGAGAUUUUUAUUUUUUUUACAAAAAAUCCAAAGAACCAAGAAAAUCCAAAAACAGGGCAAAACAGGAGACGUGUGGAUGUCCAGGUGAACCAGGGAAUAAUGACGUGACGAACUGGGAACUAGUGACAGAAACUAAGAGGCUUACUAUAGGGAGGUUGAGUGUGAGAACAAAAGACCAGGGCUAAUGAACUAAAUGAUAACAAGUGUGAGAAAUAGAGCAGGAGUCAACUGCCCAGGAGAAGCUGGGCAACAGAUAAUCAAGAAGAGUAAAACAAAAAGGUGAACUAAGAAAUAAUUAAUAAAAAGAGGAACAGCAAAAACAUAGAACACAAAACAAACCCAAAAACCCAGAGUCUUAACAACUGAUUAACACAAUGAGUGUUUUCCAAAAAGUCGCCAAAGAGGAGAAAUAUUACCGUAAAUAAAUUUUUACCUUAUAGGAGGAUGUGUGUCACACAGAAAAUACAUUUUUGUGUGGUGCUGAAUGACUACUAAUAGAUCAAAAACAACAAAAAAGAAAUUAUUAUAGAAUACCAGAGGAUCACCAGUAACUAUGCCUCUCAUCUGUGUGCCCACCCCUCAAAUCCACAUCCACCAUAUAUAUCUCAUGAAAGGAUCCCAAAUGUUUUGAAAUUCUGUCAGUUUUCCUUUUAUAAUAUAAUCUUUUCCAUCCUGGAUACUUCAUUAAUCCAGUUAAUAAAUUUUGGUGAAAAUAUGACUGAAGAAUAAAAACCCAUAAAUUUCUUUUCUAUGAUAGGCUAAAUAAACCAAAUAAUUAACUUUAUAAACAGUUCCCCAUAAUUCAGCUCUUUAAUGGCUGUUGAAUAACAGAGACUAGGUGGUUGGUUUAUUGCUAACGACUAUAAACAGUAGUCAAGAAUAAAGAAAUCUGCAAAACCACACUGAUUCAUUAUUUACUGCGCAACACUUGUCCAAAAUAAAUACAAAGAUGUACCAU